AUGUACUCUUCUGCUUCUGGGCGCCCACCGUGGCAGUCUUCAAACUCUUAUGCGCCAGUUAACAGCCAAAAUGCUUACAUCUCAGUUCCUGCUCGCCAGACCUUUGGUCAUCGAUCUAAUCUUCCUCCGCCACCGUACUACGUACCACCUCCAUUGAACUCCCAGCAGCCAUACCUCCCAUCACCUCAGGCUAGCCUAUCGUCUACUUCCACAACCCCAUCAGUACCACCCAAAAAGAAAAUAAACUGGUCCCCAGAAGUCCGUGAUUAUGUCAACCGCUCAUUUGCACAAGAGAACUCGAUACCUGGUGUUACUAGGGAACAAAUUGAGUCGAGAUUGAAAGAAGUAAUAACAGAUGCUACUCAACAUGGUAGACUGGAGAAUACCAACUGGGCCAAGCUACCUCUACCACAACAGAUGAUCCAGGAAGAACGAACCCAUGCACUGCUUGGCCCUUUAUCCCCACCCUAUGUUCCCGCACCUGCGAGCACGGAUGGACCAGCCACAUCCUAUCAACCCGCCCACAGGGACAGGCCUCGUAAACGCAAGUCCGCCGAACUGGAAAAUGUGACCUCGGUGCCCCCUUGGAGAACGAAUGCCCAAGGGUCUGGAUCCCUGGCAGAUCGUGUCUCUUUUGCACCUAAUGAGAAACGACCAAAGCUUGAUAUGAGCAAAUCCGUAAGUAAGUCACAUGCGAAUCUGGAAUCACGGAAAAGGCGGUUUGAAGACUCGAGAGCUGGAUCCGAUUCUCCACGCACGCAAGAGUCGUCUCGAGGUGUUUCACCGGAGCCCAAAGCCAGUGGACCGAUUGUGGGGCGUUCGCAGAAACUGGAAAAAAAUUACUUCCGACUAACAUCGGCACCCAAUCCUGAUGAUGUUCGACCGCUGGAAGUGCUGAUGAAAACCCUUGAACUCCUCAAAAAGAAGUGGCGUGCUGACGCCAAUUAUGUGUACAUUUGCGACCAGUUCAAAUCUCUGAGGCAAGAUCUGACCGUUCAACAUAUCAAAAAUGAAUUCACGACGAGUGUAUACGAAUACCAUGCACGGAUAGCGUUGGAGAAGGGUGACCUGGGUGAGUAUAAUCAGUGUCAAACGCAACUCAGAGCUCUCUACCGUCAGAAUCUGGGAGGUCACCCGGUGGAGUUCAAAGCAUAUCGUAUUCUCUACUUUAUCCAUACGUGCAACCGCACUGACAUGAAUGACGUGCUUUCCGAUCUAACCGAAGCAGACAAGAAAGAACCGGCGAUCAAGCAUGCCCUUGAAGUGCGAUCUGCUCUGGCACUUGGGAAUUACCACAGGUUCUUCAAGUUGUAUCUCAGCGUGCCUGACAUGGGUGCAUACUUGAUGGACAUGUUCGUAGGACGAGAACGGCUUGCGGCACUUGCGUGCUUGUGCAAAUCGUAUAAACCGGACGUGCGACUACGGUUAGUGACUGAAGAGCUAGGGUUCGAGUCUGAUGAAGAAGCCUGCCAAUUCAUUCUAGAACACAUCCCUGAGGAGUCACCAAGCUUACUAGAAGAGCGUGAUGGUGAUGUGCGGUUUUUGACCGGCAAGGUGGGAGCAAUCUUUCAAAAUGCCAAAACGAACGCGUUUGGGCAAAUCGACAUCAAGGGGCAAAUUUAA